AGCGAUUGCUGGAAAGAGGUGCAGUCGAGAGGGAGGUAACAAACAAAAGCGUUCUGCCAGGUAUUUGAAAAUAAAUACAUCCAUUUAUGAUAUCAGAAAAAUCCUUUCAUCCCAGAGGACACUUCAACGUGCGCAUCAUCAUUAAGAAUAUCUUCCUCCAGGUCGAAAUGGCUGAAAAUGAGAUCUUAGAACACCAAGACACUCUAAAGAGAGGGCUUGUGAAAGUUCUCGAAUGUGUGGCCACCAUCUCAUCCGCAGCAGCAGUGGUCAAUCCCAUCUUCGGUGUGGCUGGAUCUCUCAUACGUGUGGUGCUGCACCAUGUGGACGAUAAAGAUCUUCAGAAACUGAAACGUGAGUUUGGGAGUAUGAAUCGAGCCCUGGAUGAUAUUUCACAGCAGAACCAGAACGUAUUGCUACAGAUCAGAAAAGAAACUGUGGAUGGCCUGUACUGCCGCGUGGAAGAAAACAUUCGUAAUCAGUUCUGCAAAUUCAUGGACACUGUUGAGGCAUGGCCGGCGCACCAACAGCGUAAGAAGGACUUUGAAUUGAGCUUUAUGAUCAGUCAAGGUGACCAAAACCUGCACACACUUUAUGAUGGAGUGAUGGGUGAAUCAAAGAUCUUCUGCCAGCCCAUUUUAGAGGUGUACAUAAAGCAUUCACAGGGUGACCGCCGUGUCAUGGAAAACCUCUGCACCCGACUCACAUACCUGUUUUGCAUUGGUCUCAUUGCUCUGAUGAGUUAUGCUGCUAUCGUCGGGGAUGAUGAAGAAGCUCUGCGCGUCGAGUGGGAAGAUAAAAUGAAAGACGUGGCCAAAAGAAUGUCAGAAGUGCUGAAGGGUGCUGAUUAUGACUGAUAUGACUUUUCUCAACAUAAAAAUAUGUAUCUGUAAUAUCCAUAUUUUUCUUUGCAGUCGUUAAACCCAUUCAAACACUAUCUACAGUAUGUAUCCAUAGAUGAGUCUAUCUAUCUAUCUAUCUAUCUAUCUAUCUAUCUAUCUAUCUAUCUAUCUAUCUAUCUAUCUAUCUAUCUAUCUAUCUAUCCAGUAUUAUAUAUACAGAUAUGACGAAUGCACUCGCUUUUCCUGUCUUUUGUAAGUCAGCUGUAGUGAGAAAUAGUGUUACGGUAAAGUGACAGAAACUGCCAUUGAGCUGAGCUUUUGCAUUUCACUGUGCAUUCCUAUUACAAUCAAAACAAAAUAAAAGGAAA